AUGGCAAGCAGAUCCGCCGAGCUUCUGUCGAGGAUGGCCGCCGGCGACGGCCACGGCGAGAACUCGUCCUACUUCGACGGGUGGAAGGCGUACGACAUGAACCCCUUCCACCCGCAGGACAACCGCGGGGGCGUCAUCCAGAUGGGCCUCGCCGAGAACCAACUCUCGCUGGACCUGAUCGAGGAGUGGAGCAAGGCCCACCCGGAGGCGUCCAUCUGCACGGCGGAGGGCGCCUCGCAGUUCAAGAGGAUCGCCAAUUUCCAGGACUACCACGGCCUCCCGGAGUUCAGACAGGCGAUGGCCCAGUUCAUGGGGCAGGUGAGGGGGUGGAAGGCCAGGUUUGACCCGGAUCGCGUCGUGAUGAGCGGCGGCGCCACCGGCGCGCAGGAGACGCUCGCCUUCUGCCUUGCCAACCCCGGCGAGGCCUUCCUCGUGCCCACGCCUUACUACCCAGGAUUCGACCGCGACUGCUGCUGGAGGUCGGGAGUGAAGCUGCUGCCGAUCGAGUGCCACAGCUCCAACGACUUCAGGAUCACCAGGGAGGCCGUGGUGGCGGCGUACGAGGGCGCGCGGAGCAGCGGCGUGCGCGUCAAGGGCAUCCUCAUCACCAACCCGUCCAACCCGCUGGGCACGACCGCGGACCGGGCCACGCUGGCCAUGCUCGCCACCUUCGCCACGGAGCACCGCGUGCAUCUCAUCUGCGACGAGAUCUACGCGGGGUCGGUCUUCGCCAAGCCGGAGUACGUGAGCAUCGCCGAGGUGAUCGAGCACGACGCGCCCGGCGCCGACCGGGACCUCAUCCACAUCGCCUACAGCCUCUCCAAGGACUUCGGCCUCCCGGGGUUCCGCGUCGGCAUCGUCUACUCGUACAACGACGCCGUCGUGGCCUGCGCGCGCAAGAUGUCCAGCUUCGGCCUGGUGUCCUCGCAGACGCAGCUCUUCCUGGCCAAGAUGCUCGGGGACGAGGAGUUCAUGUCCCGGUUCCUGCGCGAGAGCGCGCGGCGGCUGGCGGCGCGGCACGAGCUGUUCACGUCGGGGCUCCGCGAGGUGGGCAUCGGGUGCCUGGGCGGCAACGCCGGGCUCUUCUCGUGGAUGGACCUGCGGGGCAUGCUCCGGGAGAAGACGGCGGAGGCGGAGCUGGAGCUGUGGCGGGUGAUCAUCCGCAAGGUGAAGCUCAACGUGUCGCCGGGGACGUCGUUCCACUGCGGCGAGCCCGGGUGGUUCCGCGUCUGCCACGCCAACAUGGACGACGAGACCAUGGGGGUGGCGCUGAGCCGGAUCCGGGACUUCGUGCGCCAGCACCAGCAGCAGAAGGCCAAGGCCCAGCGCUGGGCCGCCAGGAGCCACCUCCACCUCAGCCUCCAGCGCCACGGCGCCAUGGCGUCGCAGUACCACGCGCUCUCCAGCCCCAUGGCCGCGCUGCUGUCGCCCCAGUCUCCGCUCGUCCACGCCGCCAGCUAA